GCGAGUCAGCGCAUCCACAGAGCCGAGUGCACAGGUAAAGAGGGAAAUCGCGAAAAGCCGGCAGUCACGCGUUCCACCUGCACACAAAACAAACUUGCACAACAAAUCCUCUAUCCGAAUGGCGCGUCCGGACCCCGGAUAAUUUGGGGGUUCGGACCCGGACGGCGUGUCCAGAGCGAGAAUGGCCGAGGGCGGGGGCAAGGAGGAGGCUGAAGAGGCAUUCUCCUUCAUGGACAAGGUUCGCUUCAUGAUGUACGGGGAGCAGGAGAAGGAGGCAUUCCUCAUUGAGAAAAAGGAGAAGGAGGAGAAAAAGAAAGGUAUGCGGACCCGUGCCUUGUCCUUGCACCAGCAGGGCUGGUCCUGGACCAAGAUAGCCACCGAGCUGGGCUGCCACAGGACCACCGUGAUGCGGCUCGUGCACAAGUGGCAGCAGACGGGGUGCAUAGCGGACCUGCCGCACCGGAGAAGGCCCAGGGCCCUGCCGCACCAGACCCAAGCACAGCCGACCUGCGGGGCUGCCCCACAGCAGCCCUUGCCGGCCCACAACAGGCUGGUGAACAACCUCUCUCAUCCCCUGAAAUCUCGAUGGCAGGAAGAGAAUAGGCGACUUCCGAAUUCCUCCUCCACUUCCUCUUCGACGACCCGCAGCACCACGGUGACCGUUAGGCGCCGCCUGAAGGAGCUCCGCGCCCAGCUUGGCAUCCAGUCCCCGCCCAGUCCGCCGCAGGAGAGCAGCUCCCCCCCGCACCCCAAGGCGCCGCCGCCCCCGCCCGAGCAGCAGGCGAAGCAGGCGCCACGAAGCCUGCGCGAGAUCGCCUGCUUCAGCGGGGAGGAGCUGGGCUACGUGAUCUUCAGCGACAUGAAGAUCUUCCUGUCGGAUCGCGAGGGCGGCGCCAGGGUGUGGCGCCUGGGGCAGCCGCCCCUCGACAGCUACGCCGGCCUGCAGGAGUUCUUUCAGCGGGGCGGGCUCUCGGCCACCUUCUGGGUGUGCAUCUCGGGCUCGGGCAAGAAGGGCCACCUGCUGCACAUACCCAACGAGCUGACGGAGGAGCGGUACGUCCAGAUUUUGCACAACGGGCUCUUGCCGUCGGCUGCGGCCAUCUACGGCCUCAAUGCACACAGGUUCCUGUUCGCCCAGGAUAAGGCAUCCAUCCAGGCGAGUCCAUCAGUAGAGGAUUUCCUACGCCAGCAACGGGUGCAGUGCGCUGAGUGGCCGGCGCGAUCGGCAGAGCUCAACCCCUGCGACUUGUUGUGGCCGGAAGUGGAACGGGCGCUGCCCCAGGGGCGACCGGUGCGCACAGUACCGGAACUGGUGCAGAUGGUGCGGCAGGCCUACGAGGACGUGGAGCCGGAGUACAUCCGGUGGCUCGUAGCACCAGUCAGGAUACGCAGCCUGUGCGGCAGAAUGAUGCGGACUUCUCCAGCCGUCAAGGAAGAAACUGUUAAAUAAUGGACUUUUUAUUUUAAUUCUUGGAGGAGUUGUGUCUCAAGUGUGGCAAUGCAAACAGCAACUCGAAUAUUUGCCCGCUAGUUUGACGUGCACGGGGUGACUAUUCUAGACGGCCUGAAUAGUCCUUAAAACUAUUCGGUGAGGGAUUUUAUUAGAAGGGAGACGGCUAAAAGCGUUCAAUGCUCAAUUUUGAUUGAAAGCAAGUUAUCAUGGAAACAACGUACAAGUUAACUGAGAGCGAACAUGAUUGAAGCACUUAGAAGCAAAGGGGUAUAAGUGCCUAAAAUAUAAAUUUGAAGGUAAUUUGAAUGGUAAGGAGAAACUUUUAGCUGUUUUGGGAAAGAUAUGGUAAUAAUAGACCUGAUAGGUGCUGCUUCAAAACAUGAUAUUAGAAAAACUUUUCAAGGAAAGCCUACCUACGGUUCUACAUAGCACGAGUUGUACUCAUGACUAAUAUUUUGUCAUUUACAUCCCUUUGUUUCUCGAUGCAUCAAUUUGAACUUUAAAUUCAAGAACACUGUCGCAAUGUAAUUUCGAAUGUUCAUAACCAUUUCUCUUAAAACAGA